GAUUUACUGAUUUACAUUAUCUUUUUAAGUGUCGCGAGUUAUAGUAACUAAUCACCAAAUAAAUCUUUUUACGUAUCAAAUAGAAUCCUUAAAAGCAAUCAAUAAAUAUGAAAACCCAAUAGCCCUAGCAAAAGUAAAUGAUGAUUCUCCUCCUCCCACAGUCCCUCCCUCCCGGCGACUCAACUCUCUGAUUCUCCUCCUCCCACAGUUCCACUCUCCGGCGACUCAACUCUCUGCUGACACGCCAACGGGAGAAACGUUGUCGGGAAGAUAAAGAAUCUCGAGUCUGAUAAGGGGCAUUGUGGUUGUGGAAAAAGAUGAGUCUGAUAGAGACAGGUGGAAAGAACAAAAAUGGAGAAGUUAUUCUAGCAGAAAUAAUCAUGGAGGUGCUGAGCUGGUUGCCCAUCAAGCCCCUGGCACGGGCUCAACUGGUGUGCAAACAAUGGCGGGCACUGAUAAAAGACCACAAAUUCAUGGAAGAGCACAUGAACCGUAGCCAAGUAGUUCACAACUGGUUCAAUAUUACCUCCACUCAUUCGGAACUAGCACCAAACUACAUCUCCAUGUCUUACCUCCAUGGCUGCAACGGCUUGGUACUCAUGAAGAAUAACACCUCGCACAAUUACAUGUUAUGGAAUCCAGCCACCGCCCUCGUUCUUGAUCUGCCCGCUCCGCAUGAAGGCAACUAUGGAUUCGCCUUGUCUUUCAUGCCACUCUCUAGAAACUACAAAAUAGUGUCACUUUUCAAGGAUUCCGGUAAACGCGGAUGCGAGCUUCUCACCCCCGGUGGCUCUAUGGCGUGGAGACCACUUCCAUUUCCCGAUUUGGUGAAUACGGGUGAAGAGCUGGUGGUUCCAGCAGGGGCUGCUGUCCACUGCGUCGUGCUCGCCAAAGCCGGGGAGGCGGAGAUAGUAAGUCUUGAUGUGGAAACCGAGGUUCUCACACUGAAUCGUCUGCCCAGAGGUGUAUUUUCUCCUAGGGAAAGUGCUCGGGCGAUUGAUUGGGAUGGGAAACUGGCAUUUGCUGCUGUAGUUGGACAGGAUCUGCAGCUGAUGGUGUUACAGGAUUACAAGAAGAAGAGAUGGUGCAGAGACAAGGAAGUGAUUCCGUUGCCUUUCCUCAAAGAUAAAGCUUUCAAAGGAAAUACUGUUGUUGCUUUGUUUAAGAAAGAAGGCAGUAUAUGGUUUUGGUUGAAAAAUGAGAAGGUAUUUGAGUACACGAUCGAAACAGGGAAGACAAGUGAUGUGCAGCAGUCCAAAGGGUUUUCGCCUUUGCAUAAACUGUACAGCUUCAAGCCAAGCUUGGUUACUUUUGAAGGUAUGCGAGCAGAUGAUGAAUUCAAAAUUUAUCGGCCUCAUAAUCUCUGGCUGGAUUAAUCUUUACUCAUAGAAAUUAAUUUUACUAGUUUGAUGAUGCUUUUUAAUUUUAAUCAAAAGAAAACUCGGUUUUUCCAUUAGUCUAGCUAGUACUAGUUUUAUCGUUCCUUGUUUUCGUUGAGACAUCAUUUUCUUUGGUGUAAGCUAUUUUCAGCAACAUUUCAUGUUUGAUUUUCCUUCUUUUUUUGAGAUAAACAUUUUCAUGUUUCAUUAUUGAAACAUGAUCGAUGCACUACUUAUUGAUGCAUGAUCGAUGCACUACUAAUAGUUUAGAUAUAUAGGCAGAACUUAUCCAUUCCAUUAGUCACUAAUAAUUUAGGUUAAGAGAAUUAAUAUACGUCUAUCCAAAUUUGUUACAAAUAUCGGUCAUGGGCAUUGACGAAGAAAUAUUUAAUCAAUAUUGGAAACACAGUUACACGAUUAAGGAUGCUCUCUCUUUAAUGGAAAAUGGUGGAAUAUAUAUAUUUUUCAUAUUUUUUCAUCACAUUCUCUUUGUUGGAAA